AUGGCUCCAUCGCGCUCCGGUCCGCGCGCCAGGCCCCAUCGCCCCAUCCGUCAAAACCGUACGCGAGUUCAAACCUAUCAUGAGAGCACAUCAGAAGACGAUGCCAAUCUUGAUGCGGAUGCCGAGUAUGGCAGAUCUCGCCGUCCCUCGCUCACUUUGCGACCUCGUGAUAUACCCCCAUCUUAUCGCGAAGAGUCGACCGAUGCAGACUGGGGUGACAUACCCGAUGAGAGUGAUGCUGAAUCAUAUGACAUGGCUCCUGUCGACCCCCCAGAUCAAUCAAUGAUUGCUUCCCAAGCAAUUACUGAGCCGAUGCCUCGACUUGCGAACGCUCCGAGGCGUCGGGCUGUUCGGCGCACGGCUCCUUCGCAAUCAUCAAAGCCUAAACGACGCCGGACGAUAAAGAACGAACCAGGGAAGCCUUUGAGAAAGCGACAGAAGGCAGAAACAAACGACGAUAUCAUUUUGGGCUCUGGAGUCAUCCCUCCGUGGCAGACGCUGCCAUACCAAGUCUUGUUUGACAUAUUCCUUCGAGCAUCCUACCCGCUGCUCAACGAACAGCAGUCGGUCCGAACUGACUCGGUCAAAUGGCUUGUAAAUGUGGCACUGUUAUGUCGAGCCUUCCAUGAGCCCGCUCUUGCAGCUCUCUACCACACUCCCCCUCUGCUUCCUACCUUCAAGAGCCAUAGCCUGCUGAAACUUCUCUCCAUGCCGUCAAGUUCAUGUACACUGAACUACGCUGCAAAAAUAAAAGAGCUUCAUGUCGACGUGGAACAGGUUCUUCUUUACAAGAGUGGUCCCACAUUGGGCUACUUCGACCUUUCUCGGUUAGUUGAGAGAACACCCCAGGUUCAGACUUUGCGACUGUACCAUAAAGAUGACGAUACUGUCGGAAUACCGCCGUGGAAUAUCACACCGUCAAAGUGGCUAUAUUCGAAUCCUUUGUUCGCAGCAAUUGAUCAAGCUGGGCUCGUUCUUCGCAGUUGGGAUUGGAAUGCUCGAUUUCUUCCAACAUCCGAACUAUUACCGUUCAUGUUAGAGAAGCAUCUGCGCCCUGCCUUUCAGGGAUUGAAGAAAAUCCGACUGCUUCAUCUUGGUGACGGUGAUCCCGAAGACCUGACCAUUCAAGAAGUCGCACUUGCUACAUCUCUCCAAGCACUUCCUGAGAUUGAGCACCUGGACCUCAUUGAGUGCACUGUGGUCAAAGACAGUUUCCUACCGCGACUUCCUAUGACCAUCCGCUCACUCACCCUGUCCAACUGCGACCGUAUCUACUCCAAAUCGUUUCUGGAGUUCAUGAAGUCUCACGGCCAACAUCUGCGAGAAUUGUGUUUGAGUCACAACCGGCAUCUGAACAUGGCGUUUAGCACCGACCUCGCUCUCUAUUGCCCAAAGCUGAGAAGGUUCAAGAUGGACAUUUCCAUUCAUGAUGUGUCUACCUACCAUGACACUGAGCCUCAUUUCACUGAGCUCAUCAAGGAGUCCGAGAUACCGACAUGGCCAGAAAGUCUGCAGGAGAUCGAAUUAAUCCAACUCCGACGGUUGGAUCAUAGCACGGCAGAAUCAUUCUUCAUGUCAUUGAUCGAUUCCGCCCCGAAACUGCCAGACCUUCGAAAACUGGUAAUUAGCGCGAUUCUUAGGAUUCCCUGGCGUGAUCGUGCGCACUUCCGUGAGCGAUGGAUCAGCCGCCUGGAAAAAACCUUUUUGCGACACAGUCAACCCCCAAACCCAAAUCUACGCUCCCUCCGCAAGCGAGAGCUAAAUAACAUUCCCCCUAAAUUUGAUAAAGCCGAGGUCACUUCGCGUCCGGGCACUGCUGGCAGUGAGCUCUCAACCCCUUCUAAACGCCACAGUUCGCGGUUGGCCGAGGGCAAGGCCUCAGAGGCCCACGAAAACUCCGAGGUGACUUCAUUUGACUUAUCUCGAUUUGAUGAAAACGAUGUGCAAGGAAUGUGCGACGUGGUAUCGAUUCGAAUUGACAACCAACGACCUAGCGAUAUGCAAUUUAACGAAAAUGACUUCCUUGAUGAUGAACCGAGCGACGACUCGGACUGGAAUGGUGACAAUUACGAAGAUUGA